UGGUGAUGCUAUAUAUGUAACUUAUCUAUUGAGAAAGAAGAUACUUUUCUUCUUCUUCUUCUUCUUCUUUAUUUUCUUCUCCGGGUUCGUCCCAUUUAUUUAUCUGCAAGUCAAUUUGCAUCUGCAGAAGAAGGAAGGGCUUAGUGAAGAGUUGAUGCCUGCUGGAAAUUACCGAGGACCAGAAAAGUUGGCUUGCUUGAGAGACCUGUGGUAUCUAAGCAAAGGCAAAUAAAUAAGACUGAAUGAGAUUGUUUAUAGUAUUGCUUUUGUUGAAGUGUAUGCCAUUGUCAUGAUGGAGUUGAAAAUAGUGCAAGAUUAUUCAGUAGAUCUCUUUCAUUUGUUGUCAUCAUCAUCAGCAUCAUCAUCAUCGUCAUCUAUCUUCUUACAGAAUUAGAAUCUGUUGGUGGAUUAGUAGAGUCCUCUCUGGGUCAUGGAUUGCAAUUUGAAGUCUUCAGUGCAGUGGGAAUGGGACAAUUUAGUAUCUUUUGGUGCAUCAGCUACUGAAAUUCCUAGAAAGCUACAACCUUUGGAGUGGGAAAUUGAUGAUCUUGACCCUGUCUCUCUAUGUUCUUCGGGUUUUGGUUGCGGUGGGUUAAGUUCUGAUAUCGGUCAUGCUUUCUCAAGAAGCUCAAAAUCAACUUCCAUUAGCUCCUCAUCCACUGAUAUGAGGACAUACAACUUUACGCCAGAGGCUGGUGAAGUUCUUCAAGAAGAUCUCUGCAUUAGUGAAGAGUUGGCUAAGGGAAUCGGUACCUCUCCUCCGAGUCUCGAACCUUCCUUUGGUUCUGGUGAGCCGAUUCUCGGUCUGAAGCUUGGCAAGAGAACAUACUUUGAAGAUGUCUGUGCAGGAGGAAAUAACGUUGUGAAAGGUCAACUGCUUCCAGAAAAGAGAGCAAAAUCCAUUCCUCAGAGUUUGCAACAAGCUCCUCGAUGCCAGGUUGAAGGCUGUAAUCUUGAUCUCUCGUCCGCCAAGGACUAUCACAGGAAACAUAGGGUCUGUGGUAGCCAUUCAAAGUGCCCGAUUGUCCUCGUUGGUGGCCUUGAACGUCGGUUCUGCCAACAAUGUAGCAGGUUCCAUGGUCUCAGUGAGUUUGAUGGGAAGAAACGUAGCUGUCGGAGGCGCCUUACAGAUCACAAUGCAAGACGUAGAAAAUCGCAACCAGAAGAACCCAUGCAGCUACAUCCUGCUCUAUCCUAUGAUGGGAAGCAACAGAUGAAUCUCAUGUGGAAUAAAUUUGCAUGUAUCGAUACUAGGAGCGAGGACAAGUUUCUAUGGGAAGCCACGUUCGGUUCGAAGCCCAUAACACCGAGAGAAUUAGAGACGAAACCUGUAAAGAUCGAGACUUUUGAUGGUAGAAUGCAUUCCAACAGCAAUAAGCGUUUCAGUUCAACUUCCGUGCCACACCGCGGAUUCGGGUAUUUGCCCCACAAGACCAGAACUGCAAGAACCGAGCUAUUCAUCAAAGAAACAGAAGAAGAGGUCAGAGUCUCUUCCCAAACGGUGGGUGGGUUUCAAGAUCGUGAUGGUGCUCUCUCUCUUCUGUCAAAUGCAACAUCAUGGGUUCCCUUCGAAGCUAGAGGCAACACUCUUGAACCGGUAGUGGCUCAUCAACUCGGCUCAUCACUGGACAACAUGCAGACAGAUCUCCAAGUGUUUGAGCCAGCAGCUCCGAACAGAGACACGAUGGGAAGCCAGUUUCAGCUCCUCCGAGGGCAGUUUAGUGAGAACUAUCAUCUUUGUCCGAAUCAGUUCAACCGAUAACAUAGAGGUUCGAUGCCAUUAGAUUGCAGACUGCGUCAUUUGCCUUUCACUCCCCUACGAAUAUUUUGCAGUGGGUAAGGCAUUUGGUUAGUGAUAUGGACAUUAUUAGCGUUUGGGUUUCAUCAGAUAGGAGGCGUGAGACCUCAAAAGACUUCAAGUCCUUGUCUUUUUUUUUGUUCUUUUGGUUUUCCUCCAUUGGUUUUCUUGGGAAAGAGAGCGGAGAGCCAUUAGCAAAGAGGAGGGCAUUGCAAAUGAUUCUGUCUUAAUUAUUAAAAAAAUUGUUAUUUUCAAAAUAAGUUCCAUUUUCA